AUGGAUAUCAAUGAAUUAGUGGUCAUAGGAGACUCCGACUUGCUGAUCCAUCAAGUGCAGGGUGAGUGGGCCACCAAGAACGAUAAUAUCUUGUCGUAUGUGAACUUGGCAGAAAUGUUGUGUAAAAAGUUCAAAAAGAUUGAAUUCAGGCAUACUCCAAGAGCUCAAAACGAGUUUGACAAUACGUUGGCCAUGAUAGUAUCAAUGAUUCAGCAUCUCAAAAGCAGUCACAUCGAUCCUCUAGAGAUAAGCCUGAAAGAAGAGCAUGCCUCCUAUUCCCAUAUGGAAGCAGAGCCAGAUGGCAAACCAGGGUAUAACGAUAUCAAGAUGUAUUUGGAGAAAUGGGAUUAUCCCAAAGGUAUCACAAGUGGGAAAAAGAAGACCAUCAGAAGAAUGGUCAACGUUUCUUCCUAA